AUGACUUCUGCCUCACCACUCUCUCCAACCUUUCACGGGCACAUUGCCUCUACCCAGGACGCUCUUCUGCUCUUUGAGGCCUGUCUCAGUGGCGCCCUUAACCACGUUGCACGCAGACCACACGACCGUGAGCGUUCGAGCUUGAUCAGAAGUGGAAAUGUAUUCAUCUAUGAGGAGCACUCUUCCGGUAUUAAGAGGUGGACAGACGGUGUGCCAUGGAGUCCCAGCCGAAUUUUGGGGAACUUUCUAGUUUAUCGUGAACUUGAGCGUCCCUUUCCUCCGGGAGAGAAGAAGCGGGCAAUGAAGCGCAGCAAGCGGUCACCGGGCAUCAGCAAAACACAAGAGCCAUUUGGCCCAGCAGUCAACAGUAACUACGCAGUGGCUACCACUACUAGUUCAUACCUGGAUUCCACCUCGUCUAGUUCCCUGAGCAAAGAGACUGAACGUUCACUAAUCGGCUCACUGGUGGAUUCAUACGGAUUCAAAGAGGAAGGCUUAGUAAAGAAGACCGUCAGUGUCACUGUAGGAGGCGUUUCUCACCACCUCGUCUCCUACUACACAGUCGCAGAUGUGAUGAACAAUAAACUCAAUACCCCUUCCAAGGAUCACAGAUUCAGUCACAUUAUACCUCGAUCAGAUCUCAUCACCAAGCAAAAUUUCCGGACGCCGAUUGAUGAAGUGGAUUCGAUGGACAGAAUCGAAGACCGGGCUGCCUAUAGCGCGUAUCCAUACGUUCGGAACGGCUACGAGAUGACCAACCAAAGCAUAUCAAACCGUGCCAUGUCUUUACCCACUCCUCCUAUUCCAUACCCAUCUUCCAGCAUGUACGGCAGUUACGGCAUGGGCAGCUCUGGUAUAUAUGAUGGUUUACCUUCGUCGCACUCAGCAGCUAGCAGCUACAAUGGCCAAUUCGCUCCAUCACCAGGAAUUUACACAGGACCACCUAAGUCCGAGUAUGACAUGGGUGCAUACAGACCACGAUACAACUCUGUCGUACCAGGCAUGAACUCGGAGUCUUCUCGCGACCAAAUCACACCAGUUUCAACACAGUUUCAGCGCCGCUCCUCAAUCUAUGACCAGACCAGCUCGACAGAUUCGGGGCUAUCUGGCAUCUCUACUACAUCCGCAGAUUCCAAGGUCAGCAAUGACUCUGGAUAUGCCUCGCAAGGCUUUUAUGGUAGCUAUAGAGAAGGCGGCCACGCUCCCCAAAAUUUCCCUUUGCAACCCGCCCGAUCUUUGCCUACCCCACAUCAACACCCAUCCUUCGAUCGCCCAGCGCAUGCCUACAGCGGGGUCGAGAGUCCGAGUUUGAAGGAGAACAUCUGGCCGAUGGGAAACGCAAGCGCUGGUCAUGGACACUACAUGGCCCCACAGCAGCAGUGGGCAAGCACAGGCAGUUCCUAA